AAUUCAGUGUGGCGCGUGACGGCGCGCGGUGUGGACGCACGUUCUCGAUUUCCGUCAAUUUUACGAUACACCGGAUCGUAAAUUUUGCAACGUUCAAUAUUUACGCGAUAUACAGUUUUUAUUUUAAUGUAGUAGAGUAUGUGGUGUUUAUUAUAGAUUUUAUGUGUGUUAUAUAGUUCGGAACCUACCGUUCCGUGGAAAAUCUUGACGCGCUUCUUACUAGUUGCAUAGUGGUAUGAUCCUAGGCCCUUGCGUUUUCGUCACGAAAUCAUAAGCAUAGAAGACUAAAUAUAAAUAGUUUAGUGUAAACAGUUUAAUGCCAAGUGGUUUAUAUGAAAGUUCAGUUAUAUCAAGUGAUAUUACAACAGUCGUACGUUCGAAUAUAAAUACGAACGAAUUCAGAAGCUGUUCAGUAAUUUUUUGAAUUACCACGAGAGAAAAGAUAUUGACAGACAUGUCGAAAAUUGGUCCAGUCAACAAUCCGAUACAAAAGAUAGUGUAAAAAAAAAUACAUUCUGUGUUUGUAAAAAAUAAUAUGAAAAACAUUUGAAAAACGAAAUUUUGAAAAACGAAGUGUUCGAAUAACAUGGUCGGAAAUUGAUUCAGUCACUAUUUGUAUACACACACGAAAGAAGUCAAUAGAACAGUGAUUUUCAAAUCUGUAGCUAUUUACCAAGAGGGAUCCCGUACGUUCGGAUACACAUUCGAACGAAGCCACACGAACGUGAUUAAACGGUGAUUAAAAUAUUCGCCAAGACCUUUCCUGUUCGGAUACACAUACGAAAGAAGUAACAAAAACAGUGAUUUUCAAAUUCAGAUUUACUUUGCUUUUCUGUACGUUUGGAUACAGGCACGAAAGAAACGCGACUUUUUGGCGGCGAAAGAUAAAUUCGCGUGUAAGAUAAGCGGUUACCUGUUGGGUGGUGCCGUGAUAGGUGCACCUCGUGGCCAAUGCGGCGGCGGCGCUUGGGCGAUGUCGCCGCCGCGGGCGCUGCUUGCGGCGCUGCUCGUCUUCCAACUUCUGUCGUACGGUGGCCACCAAGGACUCACCAAGAUAUUUUACACGUUACCUAACAUAGGACAACCUCCAUUACUCAUCUCUCUAACUGAGAAUUCCAAAUUGGAAUUGAAGAGUCCUGACGAGUUGUUGUUCGCCAACGAUUCGGAGCAGCACAAUGAUUCGAAAACGUUCAUAAUAGUAGAAAAAAAUGCGGCAGACGACCAGAAAGACAAGCAAACGGUCGAAGAUAAAGAAUCAACGGAGCCACGGCUCGUAGUUAAAGCGAUACCCAUGCACGAAACCAGACAAACGGACGAUGCAUUUCAAACUCCUAGUCCCAUUACAGAAGAAAGCUUAACAGAAUCUCAAAUAGAGGAGCAAACAGAAGAAAAGGAAAAUAUUCAAAUAAAAUCAGAAACCCCACAAGAAGAUAUACCCUCGUUCUCAGAGUGGGCACAGAAACAAUUGGCGGAGGCCGAGAAAAAAGACACAGUACUCAAUCACUCGAGUCAACCUAGUCAUAGCAAUACAAAUAUUAGCAAUAAAAGUACUAAGUUACGGUCCAAGAACUACGCAUCGCCAGCGUGUGGAGCGAAGAUAGUUGCCGUCAAUCCUGAAGCUGGGUCAGCCAGUUCGAUACUGUCUCCUAACAGAGACGAAUAUAUGCUCAAUACGUGCAACAGCCGCAUCUGGUUCGUGGUAGAGCUGUGCGAGGCUGUCCAAGCUCAAAAAAUCGAAAUCGCCAACUUCGAGUUGUUCUCCUCCACUCCCAAAGACAUCGCUGUGUACUUCAGCGAUCGGUUCCCGACGAGGGACUGGGCUAGCGUAGGUCACUUUACCGCCAAAGAAAUGAGAGAUGUGCAGAGUUUCGAUUUGUUCCCACACUUGUUCGGAAAAUUUAUCAAAGUAGAGAUGCUGUCGCAUCACGGUUCCGAGCACUACUGUCCAAUAUCGCUGUUCAAAGUAUACGGCACGUCAGAGUUUGAAGUUCUUGAAAAAGAGAGCUCGCAACAUGCCGCUCUCAUAGAUGAUGAUGAAGAUGACGACGCCAUCGACAUCCCGGAUCUACCUAUUGUAGAAACAGAGCCUUCAAAAAACUUAUUCGGUUCCGCGAGAGACGCGGUCAUGUCUAUAAUGAAGAAGGCUGCACAAGCGCUUGUUAAAACUGAAGUUCCUAAAAAUGUGUCCUGUGAACAUAACGAUACGUCGUCUGUAGGAAACGUGUACAAACGGUGUUGCUCUCCAAGCCAUAUUAUUGUGUGUGAUAAUUGCAGUGAAACCCUUUACAAUGAAGUUUAUGAACUUAUUAGCUGUAGCUCGGACAAAUUAGUAACUUUAGUGCGUCAAGUGUUCCUCCGAGAGACAUUGAAGUGUACAGGGCUAUGUCAACCCUACGGUCUAGACUUUAAAAGUACAAAAACGAUCGAGUUUAGUGAAGAGCGUGUUGCUUAUAUGAACGCUAUAUUUCCAAGAAAGUAUUUAGCCGCUUUAUGUAAUAUUUUAGCAAUUAAAGAAAAAAAGGUUGUAUUAAAUACAAGUUUCGAAACCGAACUAAAUGCCACAAGUAAUAUAACUGUCGACGAAUCGCCUCUUAAUGUUAAUAGUGAAACAAAUACAGAACAAGAUGUUAAAUUGAUGUUGGACAAAAAUAAUGGCUCUAGUGAGGAUAAAUCUACUGAAACUGUCCAACACGAAGACAAGGCAAUUUCUACUGAACAAAUUGAAAUUGUCAAUACAGCUGAAUCGCCAAAAGACGAAAAUGAUAAAAUAGAUGAGAAAAAAGAAGAACCUGAUCUAGUAUUAGAUGAAAAGCUUAAGCCAGUUGAGCAGCCAGCAGAGGUCGCGACAACGGACAAUGAUAAGCCAGUAGAUGCAAACGUGGAGGGAGAAAUCAAAGAAACUAUACCAAAAAGUGAUGGGAAAAAUGGUAAAAUUGAAGCUACUACUGAAAAGCUUAAAGAAAUGGCUGGCAUUGGCGGCGACGAGUUGAAUGAUCAGAUAAUGAUUGAUAAUGAAAAUUUUAUGUCCGAGUUGGACCAGAUGGCAGUGGACCCGACGCCGGCCGGUACACUGGCGUCACAGAAGGAGAACCAAGCUCAGACAACUUUCCAAAAAGAAUCUGUAUUUCUGAGGUUGUCAAACAGGGUUAAGACACUAGAGAGGAACAUGUCCUUAUCGGGACAGUACCUCGAGGAGCUGAGCAGGCGAUACAAGAAGCAGGUGGAAGAAAUGCAGAAGACCUUCGAAAAGACAGUCGCCCAAAUGACGGAGGAACGGCGCAAAAGCAACGAGCGAGAACAGAAGUACUUAGAGCAAAUAGCCGCUUUACACGACCAAUUGCAACAUAUGGCUUCUACUAUGACCCUUCUAAUUGACGAACGCGACAGCUGGUUCGGCAACAUCACAUUCUUCAAAUUCAUCGUAUUUCAAAUUAUUAUAAUCACUGCGGCAUUGUAUUACAUUAAGGCGACGCGCAAACCUCAAGCUGUACUUAUACCUGUACCUAAAAAGUGUAAAAAGAAAAUUGACAAGUUGAGACGCAAAUCUGUUGAAGGCGUAAGCGGACAUGCAACUCCAUCAGCUAAAAAGCGGAGGCCGAGCGAGGAAGCGCUCCAAAUAGCGAGACAAUCCAUGGAGAGCAUGGAAGAAGACGACCAAGGCGAGUGGAAAGUCGCCAGGAGGAACAGACGGAGGAAAACCUCGAUAAUACACAGAAACGCCGAAGCAGAGAGAAAUUGGAACCGGCAAGACAGCAUUGGCAAACUACAAGAAAACCCCAUACCGUUGGACGAAGAAGAGUUUUACGCUCCAGUGCCCGAACCGAAGGAGUUUGAAAAUGUUGAAACAAAAAAAGAACAGCCAAAAACGAACGGAUCGUUUUUUAAUAAUUUAAAAAAUAAAACAAUGAAGACGCGUCGGCUGUCGUCGCCCGCUUUCUUGAGGACUUUCAGCAGACAGAGCAGCCGCAGCAGCCGCAGCCCGCUGGCGCUCCACAACGGGGACGUCGACAAGAAAGCUGCCUCCGAGUCUCCGACCGGCAGCCUCUGGUCGGAGUCCACAGAAAUAUCGCAAAACGGCCACCCGGACAACGAAAGUGGCGGCAAAAAGAAGAAAAGCCUCAAGAAUAUAUUGAAAAAAGUGUUUUAAGUGUGUGCGUGUGCUUGUUAAGCGAACGGCUAUUGUAAUUUAUUUCCUUGCGAAUAUUAUGUAUAUUUUAAAAUUUUAAAUUAUUGUUUUUAAAUAUUUUUAUUGUUAUUAGACCUCUCUAGGUGCCAAUUGUGAUAUAUUAGGGAGCCUAAUGUUAGUUGUGUUUGCGAUGUGUGCUUGAGAACGCAAGUGAGGACGGAUGCGAAUGCUAGUCUCGAUGAAUGGUCGGCAACAACGGCAUUAAAUGCAUUAAUUUUAA